CAUAAUUUGAAUUGAAAUAAUAGAAAAUAACAGAACUAAAUUUUUUUUUCAGAAUAAUGAAUUGUUCACACUUUAAACAGUCGCUAAUGAUAAAUUCAUCUGGAUCGCUGUUUAUAAUAUUUGUAGAUUAUAUUUUAUCUUUUCGAUGAUCCAAGUAUUAAAGCAAACUCCAACACGCUCCAACAAGAAAUAAUGUUAAUGUUUAAUUUAAAAGAGUUUCAUCUCAUUUUUUUGUCUAUUUUUUUUUCUUUCCUUUUAUACAGCCGCUCUCAUAUCCGGAAAGGGGUCCACAGAAAUGAAUAAAUAAAAUAAAAAAUGAAAAACGCCAUGGCACCAUUCCUUACUAACUGGUAACCAGCACUAUUACAUUUUUUCUAGCCUUUUCUAACCUCUAUAAGAGAUUUGAUCUCAGUGGUGUUUCCGAUCCGUGUCCCUUUUUAGUAUGUCGAUAUUAGCCUUCUUCAGAUGUCAGUGAGUCUAGGGAGGGAAUCAUAGAGGGUUGUUCGAGACAUAGGUCUGGGCAUCCACUUAGAUGUUGAGUUUUCACGAAACAAUAUUAUUUCAAAAAUAUAAUUUGUGUAAUUAUAAUAUGUAUUUUGGACAAAAAAGAACACUGCAUUUAAUAAAAAAAAAAAAAAGACGGGAACAUUUAAUGUAAAAGCAGACAGGUUUCGAGAAAGUCAGUUACCAUGCAGUAACAAUUACAGUACAGUAACUUCGAGUAUAUUAUGUAACAACUAUAUAUGUAUUUUCGUUUUGAAGAUGAGCCAGACUGGGCCGAUUUCUUUGCUAUUUUUCUUGAGUAUACAGAUCAUUGUCCACAUGAUGUUGUAGUGUUAGCGAAUGUGACGUACACGUUCGAAGCUUCACCGGUUAAUUUUUCGGCUAAGUCACUUGAAAUGUGUGGUUCGGGAGAAAAUAGUCCUCGAGCAGUGCGCAUGUGUAAUUCUGACCCACCAGGAGUCUCAGUCUGGGGAGAAGUCACAAUUGGAGUAUGCAACAUUCAUGAUAUCAACGAGUUGACCCAGGUGACUGUGACGGAAGAUAAUGUUGAGGACGUUGCUAGUCAACUUUCCAUCUUAACAUCAAUCAACGAGAAUGUCAAAGACGAACUUAACCUUAACGAUGUUGCCUCCAUUUUAGAAAAUGUAACUGAAAUAGGCGCUGGCAAUCAGCAUGUAAGUCAGGUCCAGUCGUAG